AGUGAAAAACUUUUCACUUUUAUGGUAAAUGUGUUUGGUAUAGCACCGGCAAAAGGCUCUGGAUACCCAUUUGAGUGUGUCUCCAUCGACAAUCCGAGACGGAUCUCUAGAAUGGCGCUUUAAAUCGCAAUUACACACAAACUCUUAUCUUUAUGAAGGACUGAUACGCGCAAGAUGUUAGCUCUAACCAGAUUUUGGCGUGUUUGGUCCCGCCUAUCAGACAUGUCAGUUUUCUCCUCAAAAAACCCGGUCAUAUUGCACAUUUCAUCUGGACCUGCAAACAACACUACGCUGGCUACCAACGUGGAAAGGAAGUUAUCGCAAAUACUCGAAAGCCCGGAUUUUACAUCAGAGGCUAAUCGCACAAAAAUCGAAUGCUACAAGGGGGAUAUAAGUCACAUACCCUCUGAAUUCAUUGAAAAGUUUCAACUAACCAGUGUGCCAGUAACGAUUGGUAUCUUAAAUGGAACAAAAGUCGCCGAGGUAACAGCGGACUCCGAGGCGUCAGAAUACCUUGGUUUGUGCAAUAAACUACUUGUUAUGGCAAAUCCACCCACUUUGGAAAUUGUUGACAAGUUGAAGCUAUUAAUUGACGGGGAUGUUAGUGAAUUGCGCUCAUAUGUACAGUACAUUAGGGAGAAUCAUGUACAAGAACUUGAAGUUGAUACAACGUUAUCAAAGCUACUUGCAACAGCUACACUUCGUAUGCAUGAGCAACCAAUGACAUCAAAGCAACUAAGAAAAACUCUAGAAGUUGUCGAUUCUCUAAUUGAAAAGGUAAAAUUAGAUAACUUGAUUAGAGAUUUUGAUGCGAAAAAAUACAAACCAAUCAACUUUCAACCCCAAAUAGAUGCCUUGAAACUUUCUUAUCAACCCCCGACGCAUGUAACAUAUCUAGAAAAACUAUACUUUAUAAAAUUAAACCUCCUAGAGUCGCUGGCAAUUAAACUUUUCUUUAACAAAGAUCCAAGAGCCCUGCAAAUAGCUGUAGGUGCCUAUAAAGUCCACGUCAAAUUAUUAAAAUUAAAUGCACAAACUAUACAAGAAUUCCAAGAUUCAAGGAUAAAGGAAAUUAUCGAGGCAAUAUUCUCUGUUUAUGAUCCACAGUCUAGACAUUUAAUGGAAGCCUGUGCCAAUCUACAGGUGAUUGACGGAAGACGACUUUUGAAUAAAAUAUAUACAUCAGGACGUCCGUCUGGUGGAUUUCCAACAAAACGUAGAGGAGUAGGCGGUAGGUAUUUAUGGCAAGGCCCAGAUUAUCGUCCAAAGGGAUUCAAACCAAAAAACCCGGAACGAUAUAAUAACGAAUGGACCUGCGUACAGGACUCUAACCUCCCAACUUAUUGA